CCCGGAGUUGGUGGGGGAGGACGGAGCGGUGCAAAGGGAAGCGCUGCGGAGCCGAGCCAUGGAGAGCAGCAGCCUCCAGUGUGCAAGGAACGGGCUGGAGGGUGUGAGGUUGGUGUGAGGAUCGGAGCUUUCCCUGGAUCUCUGGUGCUGGGAUUGCGUCCUGGGACUGUCUCCGCAGCUUACGGAGAUGAGAGCGGGUCCGGGGCUCGAGUGGGGGGCAACCAACCCCGAAGUUUGCCUUCCAGCCGCCCCGACCUUUAAUGAACAAAAUUAUCCGAGGGCAGCUGUCGGGCCGGAGGUGCUGGGCUGUGCUGGGAGUGGGCUGCGCGCCAGCCGGUCUACGACGGAGCUGCGCAAGGAGAAGUCGCGGGACGCGGCGCGAUGCCGGAGGAGCAAGGAGACCGAGGUGUUCUACCAGCUCGCCCACACCCUGCCCUUCGCCCGGGGGGUCAGUGCCCACCUGGACAAGGCCUCCAUCAUGCGCCUCACCAUCAGCUACCUGCGGAUGCACAAGGUCAUCACCUCGGAGGAGUGGCGAGGGCAGCCGGAGCAGGUGGACGCCUGUUACCUGAAGGCCCUGGACGGUUUCGUCAUGGUGCUGACGGAGGAGGGCGACAUGGCUUACCUGUCGGAGAACGUCAGCAAGCACCUGGGGCUGACCCAGCUGGAGCUGAUUGGACACAGCGUCUUCGAUUUCAUCCACCCCUGUGACCAGGAGGAGCUGCAGGAUGUGCUGAGCCCCCGGCAGGGCUUCUCUAAGAAGAAGGACGUGAAGACCGAGCGCAGCUUCUCCCUGCGCAUGAAGAGCACCCUGACCAGCAGGGGGCGCACUGUCAACCUCAAGUCGGCCACCUGGAAGGUGCUGCAUUGUGCCGGCCACUUGCGGUCCUACACCCCAGUGCGGGAGGGCCCAGAGGAGGGAGAGGAGGGGUACGCGGAGCCCCCCCUGCGCUGCCUGGUGCUGAUCUGCGAGGCCAUCCCCCACCCCGCCAACAUCGAAACCCCCCUGGACAGCAGCACCUUCCUCAGCCAGCACAGCAUGGACAUGAAAUUCACCUACUGUGACGAGAGGAUCGCGGAGGUGGCGGGGUACACGCCCGACGAGUUAUUGGGCUGCUCCAUCUAUGAGUACAUCCACGCCCUGGACUCCGACGCCGUCAGCAAGAGCAUCCACACCCUGCUGAGCAAAGGGCAGGUGGUGACGGGCCAGUACCGCUUCCUAGCCAAGAGCGGGGGCUACCUGUGGGCCCAGACGCAGGCCACUGUUAUCUCCAACAGCAAGAACUCCCAGCCCGAGAGUGUCGUCUGCGUCCACUUCGUCCUCAGCCAGGUGGAGGAGACGGGCGUGGUUCUGUCGCUGGAGCAGACCGAACGCCAGGGUGAGGGGCGGCGCCUGCCCCCGGAGCCCGACCCUGCCCACCAGGCCAACGGGAGCCCCGAGGAAUCAGAGCCAGACACUGGGGAGACCAUCCUCAACCUCAGCUUCGAGCGGCAUGGCCCCCGGCUCCUGGCCUUCCUGCGCCCGGCCCACGUGAGCGAGGGGGAGCUGCAGCGUGACCCGCGCCGGUUCUGCAGUCCCGACUUGCACCGGCUGCUGGGGCCCAUCUUCGACCCGCCUGGAGCCCGCGCCAAUGGGGAGGGGGCCCCGCGGGCACGGUCCUCCCCCCGCCCGCCCGAGGCCGGCUUGCCGCCCCAGGACUCUGCCAAGAGUGCCGCCCCGGCCGAGCUGCUCUUUGACGUGGAGAACGUGCAGAAGCUCUUCGCCUCCACCCAGGAGGCCGUGGAGACGGCACUGCAGCAGGAUUACGAAGGGUUCGACCUGGAGAUGCUGGCUCCGUACAUCUCGAUGGACGACGAUUUCCAGCUCAGCAGCACCGACCAGCCCCCAUGGCUGGCCGAGAAACGGGGUGAUCCUGCCGCGGCCAGGGGAACAGGUCCCCCGCCACCACCUGCCUCGCCCCCAUUGCGUCCUCGCUCCAGCAGCUUCCAUGGGGUGUCUGCCCGCGAACCCGACCUACCCGGCCUGCCCCGCUGGGGCAGCGAGACCAGCCUGAGCCAGCCCCGGUCCCUCCAGCCCCCAGAAGAGGAGCCCAUGGAGCUGGAAGGGCCUGGGUCACCACCGACAGCGCCCCUAGGGGGCAACCACAGGGAUCACCCAGCCUCACACCUGGGAGCUAGGAAGAGGGCCUUGGAGCUAAACCUGGAGGAGGAAGGGGCUGACUUCCUGGAGGCGGCGCCCCUAAAACGUGCCCAUGGCUCCGAGCCCGACAGCUUCCUCCUGCCUUCCCUUAACCUGGGUUUCCUGCUGAGUGUGGAGGAGGGGCUGAACGCCGGGGGCCCCCGGGGCAGCAUGGUGCUAGGGCGGAAGCUGCUGGCCCUGGAGGAACCAAUGGCCCUGCUGGGCGACAUGCUGCCCUUCGUGGUGGAUGGUCCAGCGCUCUCCCAGCUGGCCCUGUACGACGGCGAGGAUGAGGCCUUGGAGCAGAGCGGGGGGCACUUCCAGCCAGGCGAAGAGCUCCUGGGGGAGCUGGACCAGGCCACCUGAUGGGUUGGGCCCCCACCCGCCGCUCCCACUCCACAGAUGGGACAAACGGAACCAAACCCAACCCCAGCCCAUUCCGGGGGGAGGAACCUGCCUCUCCCCGCCAUCCCCCACACCAGCAACACUCACCUGCUCGCCUUCCCCUCCGGGGCCCAGAGAAUGCUACCUACCUCAGCCCUGCCCCCCAGACCAGGCCUUCUGUUCCUUAGGCCUCUUCCCCCCCAAAAAAUAUUGGGGUGCAUGAGGGAGGGGAGUUGACCAGCCCUGCCCUGGGGUGUGGGGAGGGGCGAAUCUCCCUUUCAUGCUAUCCACCCCUUAAUGGUGCUGGGGGAAAUCUGCCCCCUAGGGGUGAUGCUGGGGAUUGCAAUAGAAGCCAACCAAAUGGGGCAGGGGGCAGUCCCCCAGUUCCCCCGCCCCUUGCCCCGUGCUCUGGAGCCGUGUCUGGAUCAGAGAGCCAGGCUGUCGUGCUGGCUGAAUCUUGGCCCCAAUUGGGGCAGAUCCUGAUAGCUGGGGGAUGUUGGCGGGGCUGGUGAAGGGGUAUGGACAGUCCCCCUCAUCCUUCUGGUGCAGGGUGGGGUCCCUUCCCCCAAUGUGAUCGGGGGGGGUCGGGAUUGGCUCUCCCUAUGUUCCGCUCACCCCACCCCACCAGACCCCCCCAUCUUUCCCUGUCCUUGCUGGGACCACCCUGGGGGUUGGGGUUGCUCAUACUCCCCCACCCCCCUCCAACCCCCGGUCCUUACCCAGAAUCCUCCUGGUGCCUCUUGCCACAUUUACCUCAGCAAUGCCCUCUCCUCUUGCUCCCCAGGGGGGAGAGGAAGCACAGUGCGGGGGCCGAGGGAUGACACCCCAUCAAUUGCCAACUGGCAGCUGUUUCCCCCUGGCAGAAUUUGGCUCUAGGACCCCAAAUCUCUCCAUUUUUUUCGUGGCCAAAAUGGUGGCUUUGGUAGCCGCAGUGCAAAUGCUGCAGAGGCCAAUUAAGCAGGGACAUCCCCCGCCCCCCGGUCUUUCAGCCACUCGGGAUUGUGUUUCCAAAUCAGUUGUCCCGUCUGAGCCUCGUGGCCCCGAACGGUCCUUUUCCAGCUGGCAGCUCCAACAGUCUGUAGCCACGGCCCCCUCGCUCUGCCUAAGAGGGGACCCCAUUUUCCGGGGGGAUCCUGGAAUGGGGGCGAUCCAUCGUGCACCCCGUGGGUUUUUUUGGCUUUCCAGGAUGUUCUGGCAAGGGGCAGGGGUGUUAUUUCAUAGGGGGGCAGAGAAUUCCCUUUUAAAAUGGGUUAUUUUUAAGCUUUGUUUCUGGUUGGUUUGGGAGCAAGGGAAUCUCCCGCCGCCCUCUAGCGUCAGAGUCCAGCCUCGGGUCCAAUUCUGCUCACACUGAGGCUGGAAGGGGGAGCAGCGCCAGCCGAGCGCCCCCACCCUGCGGAUACCACGCGCCCCGGAGCGGUGCCAGCUCCCCAUCCCCGGCACCGCAAGCUGCCAGCUCACGAUGGCUCAUUCUCCCAGCCGCUCGGCACCGGGCUCUGCAUGAGCGGGGUGGGUGAUGGUGAACCGGGCACGACGGGGCGAGGGGCUGCAGGAUCGGGACAGAAUCGGGUCCGCAAAGUCAAGUACGUUGAGAGAUGAGGGAUGUAGGCAGGGGAAAUUAUCCUGUCCCGAUCCCGGUGAAAUCCCACAGCAGGGUUUCAAACCCGCUCUGGACCCCCUUCCCACCGUGUUUCUUUCCUUCCCCUCCCUCCAGCUUUCCUUCCACUUGGUCGGGACAAGACCUUUCUCCCCUGCCCGCUUUGAACAAUUGUUCAGUCACGAUGGGAUGAAGGUUCUGCUCUCGUUCAAACAGGGCUUAAUCGAUCGGUCUAGAGCGGUGGUUUUCAACCCAUGGGCUGCACGCCCCUUGGGGUCCACAGCCUGAUUCCCAGAGGGGCCUGCACCUCCAUUCGAAAUGUUCUUAGAGUCUGUUGUAAUUUUACUGGUAGCCUUCUACUAGUCCAAUCUCGAAUGUGGAUGCAAUUACACUUGGAUUAAGUUAGACCCAUGUUGCAUAUUCCCCUUCCUAUACAGGAAUAAGCUAUCCCGGGAUAAACCCCUUUAUCCCAGGACAAUUGAGUCCCCCCUAGAGGGUGUUGUACUGCAUGAAUUACCCCGGUGCAGUUAAGGCAGAGCAAUUAUUGUGUGACAUAAACCUCUGUUUUCCCACCUAAUCCGUUCCACUUCUCCAGCCCUUGGCUCGCCAUGGGAGGAAAAUUGAACUCGAUGGAUGUUUAAAAUCCCUUUUUUCACUGAUCCCCUUAGCGGGAAAGUUUCACCGUGAUUUGAAUUCUUUGAACGAAAGUUGGGGGUGGGGGAUUUGUUGGUUUUUUUUUUUUUUUUUUUGCUUUACCAAACCAAGAUGUGGGGACUUGCUUCAGUGGGAAAAUCUCUUGUUUGGUGUUAAAUCAGACUUACAGGAAUGGUGGCAGCGGUGGGACAGGGGACGACGCUUCCGCCCUAGUUCCUUGCGCUCGUGCAGAGCCUACGCUCCCAGCUGGGCACGGGGGUGUGUCACGCUCGCUGGGCACCGGGGUCGAUGGUUGCACGAGGCGCGAUUCAAGCCCCGUUUUUUUUUCUCUUUACUGCCGGUGGGUUUUCUUUUUCUUUUCCCCCAGAUGUUCCCUUUAAGCAAUGAUGGACCCGCCUCCUCUACCUCCCCCUUCCUACCGUAUUUCCCUGCGGGGCUUGCCCCCCGGCGUUAUCUUCCCCGAUGCCAGUUGCCGGGAAGUAGGGUUGCCAGUUUUGAUGGGACAUGUUUCUGGAGGUUUGAUCACGUGACAUAAUCUUUAAUUAAAGAUUCAUCUUGAAUUCCUGGAGACCCCAGGACCAUCCCAGGCGGUGGGCAACCCUAGCGGGAAGUGGGGUGAGGGAGGGGAGAGAGGGGGCUGAGCUGAGCCCCGCGUGGGGCGCCGUGUUUCAACGCCGACUGUUAAUUGCGUUGCGAACGCAACACACCCACCCACACACACGCACAAUCUGUAGACGGGCACCGCCCCUCCAGGCAGCUGUUCAGAGCCGCACAUGGCCACACGCACAGACCGACGGCCUUCUCCCAGCCUGGAGAAGGCCGCGCCCAGGGCUGGGGGGGGCAGGGCCGCCGCGCCCCUUUCUCCGGCUGCGGCCCUGCCCCGCCCUCCCGGCGCCGGCGUUCUUGGUUUUGUUUUGUUGAUUUCACUUUCCGAGACUGUGGUGCUCUUUUUUUCUUCUUGUCGUCGUUAUUAUUGUAGGGUUAGCGUUUUCCUUGUUGUCGGGUUGUUACGCGCACACGCCCCCCCCCCAAAGCCUGGCACCCUCCCCCCCCAGCCAGCCCCACCGUUGGGGGUGUCUGACACCCCUUUCCCACCCACCUCUCUUCCGAUGCGGUGUGGACCCUCAGAUUGCUCCCCCAUUAGCAACCUGCCUGGUACAUGGCAAUGGGGAUCCAAGUUAGCCCCCCCAAAUCCCUGGGGUGUUUACCCUACCCCAUGGCAGCUACUUCACACCGGGGCAACCCUCUUUUAGGAGCACCCCGUUUUUAAUGAGGGGGGGGUUAAAAACACUGUGACUUGGAUAUACUUGGAUUCCCUCUUUCCUGCCCGUAAUAUGGGGGGGGGGGAAUCUGUGGGAGAUGGUGGAGCAGGGGGGAUACCCCAGUAGAACUUGGAGCCUCCCACAUUGUUUUGCAUUUGAGCGGAGCAAUUUGCAGGGGAGGGACUCUUGGCCUUGUGUAUCUUGGCUCCUCGCAGCCCCCCCCCUCAACCUUUGUCCCCCCUCCCGGGCCAGGAAGCCCAGGAUCUAACACCCUGGAGCGGGGGUAAGGUCUGGAGGGGCCUGAUUCUGAUCUUGCUGACACCCUGGGAAUCAGGAGAGACCUCACUGAAGUCUAUGGGUGUUAAUCAGGAGUGACUCCAGUGGGGUGAAGCCACCUGGCCCUGCUGGAAGAUCAGGAUCGGGUCCCAGAGAAGAGGGAUUUCUGGUGAAGGAGGUGAGGGGGGCAGCCGGCUGGGGUGGGUUGGUGCCAGGCUUUGGGGCAUGUGUAUUUUUUUCUAUCGUCUCCUCUCCCUGUGUGCGUCCGGUUUCUUUCGGGGCCGGACUCUUUUCCGGCACCCUCUGGACAUAAACACGUCUGGUAACA